AUCACUUCGAUUUGGCAAUCAGCUGUUUUCUUUUGACCAAAACAAAUCGAUCGUUGAUUCGCUUUUGUGGGUCUUUUCCUCAGACGGGUUGCAAAACAGUGGGCGUGGGCCACCAACUUCAUCAUGGCUAUGUUGACGCGUCGUACUUCACCCGGUUCACCAAAGGCUUUUCAGCGUUUCCAAAACUGCAUUGCCUUUCUAUGGCCGUCGCUUAAUUCCGGGACAACUCAAACAAAUUCAGUGCAGCGUAAAUCGACACAAAUGGAUGCAAUCGAUUGCUUAACAAACGAAUUGGUAAGCCGCAACUCAAAAAAAUGGGAUGAGCUGAGAGAUUCGUUUACUAUGAAGAGUAAUACACCGGAUCUUAAUGCAAGCAGUUAUAGCGAAAAUAAUGAAUUAGAGUCAAUCAGUUUCGGUCAGAAUGUGAAUAUUUUGUCCAAAGGUGUUGUAACUGAUUUGCAGGCUAUUCGUUCGCCACAAUUGGGACUAGAUAUACGAUCGUUGUCUCAAGCACAAUUAGACAAUUUGUUGCUAUCUACUGUAGAAAUAAAAAAUAAACCCGAUUUUCUGUACCUAAUCAGGCAGUGCGUUCGUCAUCAGCAGUUGCCAUCCAAUGAAGUGCUGGUGUCUUGCCUUAAAUACCUCAUGCAAUUAUGUCGCUUGCAACAGAUAGAGUCAUUGGCAGAUCUGUGUAAAUUACGUGCUCAUCCACUUAUAAAAGUAUAUGCCAAUUUUGCGCCUUUCAAAGCCAUGGCGCUCUGGCGCAGUGGCAGUGCGGAUGUAGCUUUGAUGACUUUGCACCGUGGCUAUAGUGAUUGUAUUGAAACGGAUGAGGGCCGAAGAAUGGCGCGGAAUGUGUUUCGAACCAUCGUCGAGGAAACUUUGGCACAGAAAAGCGAGGCUGUUUUGGUUUCGCUAAUGCAAGUGGCACGCUCAAUUUACAUUGAGCAGAAGGAUAUUUUCGUUAUAGCCUGCGUGUGGAAGCAAUGCUUUGCAAGUGAAUGGUUUUGUGAUCAAAAAUCGGCUACCGACCUCUAUGAACAUUACACAGAGUUGCAACAGCUUGUGGCAAAGAGAUCAAGUUCCCUUUCCUCAUCAUUUAUACGAGCGAAUAAUAUAGAUGCCGUUCAUCGGCUUAUUGAAGCUUUUUUGCAAAAAGAUCAACGCGAUGCUUGUGCUAACUGCCUUAGCAUAUUGUUUAAUCACCAAUAUCUACGGGGUGACUUGAGAGCGUGUGCUGAGAUCAUCAAGUCCUGUAGCGAGUUGGAUAUGCCGUUGAGCGAAGUUCAAAAUGAACAGUUUUUGAGUUUGUUCCUCAAUCAGCCGGCAGCCCUUGGAUCUCGAAAUAACGAAAGCUAUCAAUCAAAACCAGUCAAAGAAUAUCAAUAUAAAUUUUAAUUCCAUUUGCAAGGAUGCAACAGUUUAUUAGAAUUAAACAUAGGGCGUUUUUUUUAAUUAAGGAAAUCGAAUUUUAGUGUUCGUUGUUAAAUCAGUCACGCAUUCUGUACUGAGUGAAAUAUCGUAACGUUGCACGUACAAUUAUUCAUUACGUAAAGAUCUUAAUAAAGCAAUAAACUGUUUAAUGUUGUACUAUA